AUGGACUCUCAGAAUCAAGGUCAACAGUCUCACACACAGCCAAACCGCUCGGCUCCAGCUUAUGACCCCAGCCAUGGCGGCCAUUAUGGAGCUUGUGCAGCACUGGCUUCCCAAGGCUUCGCCCCGGCUGAGCUAUACACUGGCCCAUGGGCUAAUGUGCACCAAGGCUUAACCGGCCAGUAUAAAGACAUUCUGACAACAUAUUGGCAGCAAACAAUCACGCAUUUGGAAAGCGAUACACAUGAUUACAAAAUCCAUCAACUACCCCUUGCUCGCAUCAAGAAGGUGAUGAAAGCUGAUCCUGAAGUGAAAAUGAUUUCAGCCGAAGCACCGAUUCUAUUUGCCAAAGGCUGCGACAUCUUCAUCACUGAGCUCACCAUGCGUGCUUGGAUACAUGCUGAGGAAAACAAACGUCGCACACUUCAGCGUUCCGAUAUCGCGUCAGCGUUGGCGAAAUCUGACAUGUUUGACUUCUUGAUCGACAUUGUGCCUCGUGAAGAAGCCUCGUCACAUGCCAAGAGAACUGCUGCCCAGGCCGCCGGUCCCCAGUCCGUUCCCACAGCUCCUGGGCAAACACAGAUGACUGGCCAGCACACUAAUCUGGGUCAGCCCAAUCAUGCCUCUCACCCCAUGGCUCCGGACUACAUGGGUGGUCACCAUAUUCCUACCGAACAGGAUUAUCGACAAAAUCCCAACAUGUAUGCCGGUCAAGUACCUGCUGCGCCGCCCGCUCCUUAUGGACAAACUCAGGCGCCAGCAUCCAUGUACGGGGAAAUGGAAGGCAUGUAUCCAUACUCCACCAUGCAGACACAGCAAGCGCCAAUGUCGUCUGAAGAGUUUGAAUGA